CGUAGUAUAGUGUGUCAUUCCUCAAUCCUCCGCCGACGUAGCAAUGCGCUCCCCACCGCGCAACAACGCCGACAAUGCACAGCUCGAGCGUGCUACCCACUUGGUGAUCUUUCAGCACGGACUGCUGGGCAGCAAGUACGACUUCGCUCGCUUUGUGGAGAUCUUUCAAGCACAAUUCCAGAAUGACGAGCUGUUCCUGCACGCGAGCGAGAGCAAUGCCUCCGGUUUCUUCCAGACGUACGACGGCGUGGACCAGGGCGCCCAUCGCCUGGCCGACGAGAUCCAGCAGCUGGCGGCCAAGAUGCCCAAACUGCAGAAGCUCUCGAUGAUCGGUCACUCUCUGGGAGGGCUCUACAAUCGCUACUGCAUCGGCUUGCUGCUCAGUCGCGGCUUCUUCGACAAGGUCGAGCCAAUGGUGAGUGCGGAACAAUGUAGAGUACCCUACUGCACAAGCUGACUGACUGUGACCUUCACUGUUGCUGUAGAAUUUUGUGACACUGGCGACGCCCCACCUCGGUAUCCGUCGUCCUCGUCGAGGCGCGACCAACGUUGUGUUCAAUGCAUUGAUGCCUAAGAUCUUUAGCAGAACUGGAGCACAGCUUACUCUGAUAGAUGAGGCGAGUGAGGAAACGUUAGCCUUAAGCAAGUCUUCCACUACGUAUCUAGACAAGGACUUUCGCCCAGCUUGGUCUGAGAUAAAGGGAUCGUUGUUAAUCAGUCUCCCAGUGUCGGAGAAGCGAGAAGACGAUGGACAUGAAGCAUUUGAGCUGUACGAUUGCAACCUCAGCGACCGCAAGCUUCAUGUAUUCGAGAACAAAGCUAACGAAGGUCAGUCCAAGUUGAAAUUUGAGAUCGAUCUAUCCUGCUGCGACGUCAAGAUCUUGUUGCCUAGUGGGAAAAGCAUUGGCGAUGACGCCAAUUACUACUCCAGUUUCAUCGGAUGGGGACAAAACGAUGACGAAGAGAAGCCCAACGUCUUUGGCAACUUCGACAUCCAGAUCCAGUGGUCUGCCGAGUCUUCAGCUUCUGACAUAACCAGCAAGAAUGUUUGCGUGCUUCGUAUCCCAGAGGAAGACAUUCACCGCGAUUGGAAAUGGCUCGUGGCGCUCAGUAACGCUAGUUUUGGUGUACGGUGCGUAACUUCGGCUACAAGAACCACUCGAGUGUCUACCACUCCACCGCUACUCAGCUGCUUGACGCGAGGCCAGUUCAUGCAAGCGUUGCAGAUGUUCAAAGCCCGUACCCUGUAUUCGAGCAUAUUUUUUGACAUGCAGGUGCCGUACACAUGUGCCGCAGUACGAGCGUUUAACCCGUACCGUUCAAGCGCCAAGGAGCUUUUGAUGUCUCCUAUCUACACCCACAUCGUGCACGACUCUCUGCAGAGCGCACGUAAGCUACGAGACACAAUCCCUCUCAAGGUCAAGCGUCUCGCCAUGAAGUAUAUGACGCCCAGGCACGCUGCCCUGUCCGAGGCUUCAAACGAGGACGAGCAGCUACGCAGUGGCCAUGGUGUCGAAGACAGCGACGUCAGCACCUCCAGCACUCACAGCAGCUGCAGAGGCACUCAUCGUCAUGCCUCAGACCCUGGACGGAAGUCUUCGAAGGACAACAGUCGACACAGACAUCUCUUCCACAGUCGUCGUCGAGGGAAAACUAUGGGCAGUUUGCCUUCACACCAUUCAGGCGUAUCUCGUCCCGAACCUUUCGUCGAAGGCGACGUGAUACUGGACCAGCUCCCGUACGCCUUCACAGCAGAUGCCGAACAAGAUGAACUGCGUGGCAUGUUGCUAUCUGUGCAAAGUGUUGGCUGGCGACGUAUCGACGUCCUUUUCGGCGGCAUUAUGUCGCACGAGCACAUUAUUGCCAAGCGAGCCGAUCUCGACAAACCCCUAGAUUCGGGCAUUGACGUCGUGCACCACGUUAUGGAUACAUUCGUGGUGUAACAUUCAAAGAAACGUAGUGCCCAUGAAAUGUGAAUCUGAAAACAUUUGAGUUUUAACAUAAUAUUAUGCCUUUUGCUCUCCUA